CGAUGACCCCCCCGGGGCAUCCCAUUCCCCAGCGCUCUACGGCGUGGCCCCGCCAGGCUCUGCAGGCGAGGACGCCGGGGAGGCGCGGGCGCUGUACGAGCGGGUGCGCAUCCUGUGCUGGGUGAUGACGGGGCCCCGCACCCUGGAGACCAAGGCCCGGCACGUGCGGGCCACCUGGGCACGCCACUGCAACGUGGCCCUCUUCAUGAGCUCGGAGGUGGACGAGCGCUUCCCCGCCGUGGGGCUGCCCGUCCAGGAGGGCCGCCACCAGCUCUACUGGAAGACCAUCCGCGCCUUCCAGUACGUGCACCGGCACCACCUGGGCCAGGCCGACUGGUUCCUCAAGGCGGACGACGACACCUUCCUGGUGGUGGCCAACCUGCGCUGGCUGCUGGCCGGCCGCUCCCCCGAGCGCCCCAUCUACUUCGGCAAGCGCUUCAAGCCCUUCGUCAAGCAGGGCUACAUGAGCGGCGGGGCGGGCUACGUGCUCAGCAAGGAGGCCCUGCGGCGCUUGGUGGCCGCCUUCGCCUCCCGCACCUGCACCCACACCAGCGCCGUGGAGGACCUGGCCCUGGGCCAGUGCCUGGAGAAGGUGGGGGUGGAGGCGGGCGACUCGCGGGACACGUGGGGCCGCGAGACCUUCCACCCCUUCCCCCCCGAGUCCCACCUCACUGACAAGUUCUCCCAGAGCUUCUGGUACUGGAGCUACUGCUAUUACCCCAUCGUGGAGGUACGUGGCGCCUCCCGGGGCUCCCACCCGUCGAUGUUCCCCUUUCAUCCUGCCCACGUGGGCAGGGGCAGCUGCCAGGGCCCUGAGGUGGCCACAGUCCCCCCAUGCAUGGCUACGGUCUCCCCAGUCAUGGCCGUGGUCCUCCAUGCAUGGCCGUGA